ACUAGUGUUAGUGUGUAUCCUUGGUGCCUGGCUGCAUAUUGGCCUCCAGGCCGGCCGGGAAGUCGAAUGGUCCGCGCGAAGACGAAACUCGUUUUGCUUCUACUAGUACUAGUAGUAGUACUACACUUCGUAGUUCUACAGCCGAGCGGUAACGUAAUAAUAAUGCAGUGGACGAACAUGAUCGAUGUUUCGGACGUAGAUUCUACGUGCUUGCGGAGGUGCUACCCUACGUUGUCCUAGCCUCUUCCUGGAAAAGGUGCGCUAACUCUCUGCUUCACCGCCUCCAAGAUUUGGAGUAGAAAGCAUGCAACAGACGCGGUUUGUACCACUGGUGUCUCUUAUCUGCAUUGCUACUGUAAUGUUCAUCUUCUGGACAUCACGAGUCCUCUCGAAAUGUUCGCAGCGCUCAACGCUCGUGAUGGUCAGAGAGCCAGGCAAAGUAAGGGAACAGCGCAUUGCCGCCGGGGAGACUGUGUCUGAUUCACUGGAAGAAUCGCAAUGCUUCUCAGUUUGGGAGCUUCUUAACUCAGAGUAUGAGCUGAUGCACAUUCCAUCUUUUUCCUAUGAUGAGAGUAUCUACAUAUUCAGUACAGCUAUGUCAGUUAGGGAGCAGAGCGUGUACAUUAUGCUUCCAAAUCCAGCAACAGAGGAGUGGCCAAUGAAACAUAAUUUCAAAAGUCAAUUUUCAUGCAGCUUUGGGCCUGUGUCUCAAGCAGGCAACUACACUCCAGCUCAAAUAGUGGAUGAAGUUGAUGGGCAUUACUAUGUGCUGAUUUGUAGGAUUCCGCAGCCUCUCUUGGAAUGCGUUAUCCAGCGAAGCGGUGUGCAACAGGCAUCAGAAACAUACAUGGCAAUGUGCCUGAUCGUCAAUCUUCAUAUCCAAUCAUCCAAUAUCCUUCAUAUCCAAUCAAAUGUCUCAAGGAAAGAGCAACGCGUUCCACCACUGCUAGCCAGAUUUAAAGUCUGCCAGCCAAAACAGCACCGUCGGGAUUAUUUAGCACUUUGUGCACAGCCGAUAACAUCUAGGAUUUGGCCAAUCAUACCACAGUGGCUAGAGUACAACCUAAUGGUCGGAGUGGAGCACUUCUACUUGUACAGUGCGACUGGCACGCGAGAAGGUCUACAGCACGCCGUCAGGCCAAACUUUGACUCAAGUCAGGUAACCUUCAAGUCAUGGAUGGCACAGCAUUGGCCAGGGAGAAGAACAAUUUUCCGACAGAUUGUAGCUCAAUGCGACUGCUUGUACUCCUUGAAGGAUCAUGCCACGUGGAUAUUGUUUGUGGACGUUGAUGAAUACGUACUACCAGCGCCUCAGUUCCGGGAUGUAAAGAGUUUCCUGCGCAACUUCACAACGUUUGCAGCUAUUUCCAUGAAGUCGUUCAACUACCAAUACCCUCCACAACAUGAUGCCUUGCUAAUCAGCAGUACACGCACUGCUGUCAAUCCGGAUCCGAUCCGUUUCAAAUACUUCUGCCAGACAGCCAAAACAAAAGCUGUGACCGUCCAUCGCAUCAGUUUACCCAGAGAACGAAGUGCGACGAUGAUUGCACCGGAGGACAAACUCAGGGUGAAUCACUAUCGGCAUUUGCCUGCAAACAUAUUCACGGCCAAUGAUGCUACAAUGCCGGAUAGAUCGCUCAAAGAACUUACGCAACGAAUUCAUACGCGCCGAAGCGGUGUGGGAUAGUGUGAGAUAGACCUUUGAGUUACGGAGCAAGCUACUAACAUUACACACUGGUGGAUGCACCCCUACAGAUUUAUAAUAGUCUACUCUCCGCUAGUGAUCUGCUACGGCUAGUAUGGCAGGCCAGCAUACUUGAAGAAAAACCGAUAUAACCUCUAUUACAGGGUGUCCCCCCCCCCCCCCCCACCACACACACCCUCAAUCUUUUAUUAGUGAAUUAUUACAUUAGGCCAUGUAAAUAUCUUUUUUUUGUCGUCAGAUUUCCCCGAGAAUCGGGGUGGACAGGAGAUUUUUUUGCAUGUACGGCUGGAAUAGGUGUUUGCAACCCCAGACAUGUCCUUUCCUCACUUUAUUAUUAUUUUUCGAAUCCAUUAUAUAUUUGGGCGCAGAAUGAGAUGAGUUCUAUUCAUGUGAUAACUAAAACCUCAGUUAGGAUUAAAAAAAGAAAAUCUGGCAGCUGAUCUAUUCACUUUUUCAACCCCUAGCGCCUAUGGCUAUGGUUCAAUCUCUGGACUUGGCCUUCGAAAUUCUGCAGCUACAUGUACAUGUACGGUACCUAUAUGCUGUGAGUAGAGGCUGCACCUACAGUACUUGACAAUUUGACAUGUACUAAAAAUAAUAAUUUGGCCGGGAGCAGAGAGUAGGUUUUUGGUAUUUUCCUACUCCCUGGCUAGCCGGGAGUAGCGGUGAGCGGAUCAUUCUUGGAACAUUUUUGGGAAUACUAGCGUGGACAAAUUCUCAUUCCCAGUGAGACCCCGCGACCCAUUUUGAUGAUAACUUUAGUUUUCCUUGAGAAAUGUUGGCAAACUUGGGCUUUUUAGAAAGCUUGAGGCAUGAGGAGUUCUCUUGUAGAAGCAGUUUCUAGCCUUCACUUGUAAGAGGAAUAACUAUCCAUCUCCAAUUCCAUUAUUUUAUUUUUUUGAAGAGAAGUUGAGCUCAUCGACAUGUGGACUGCUUUUAGUCUUAAAAUUGUACUUUCAUGAUAACAAAUGUGUUGAUUGACAGCAUGUUACAAGGCAGAGGACACACCGU